CUCCGCGCCGUCAUCGCGCUCGGGGUCGCCGCUCCUCCUCCCUCCGGCGCUCAGCAGCUGGGCGGGGAUCGAGGGCCGCCAAACACCGCCCAGUCGCCCGGGCCUCGGCGGGCUGGCUGCGGCCCUCGGCCCAAUGAGCUUGGGCGGAAUGGGCCGGGCGGCUGGAGGCCGAGGCCGGGCGCCGCGUCGGAGCCUGCCCGCCUCGCCUAAAGGGGGAUGGCGCUAGUAGAGGCGCGGGGCCGGCCGCGCCUUCCUUGCUCGCCCGCAACGGUUCUGUGGCGGCUCCGGGGCGCCUGACAGCCGCCUGUCGCCCUCGCCGGGGCCAGCACUCUGAUAUCUGGCCUGGAAAAACAAUGAAAUAUGAAUCUUGUAGAGAGGAACCUAGGAAAUUUGUAGCAGAGGGGCUUUGUCCUGGCAAGUCGAACAAUAGUCCCCUUUUUGCAAAAGACAGUGAAUCUCUUCAGGAAAUGGCUGUUCCUAAAUCCUUGCUGAAUUUUCUGACCUUUGCCUUUGGAUCAGCAAGUGGAUUUUUCUUAUGUUACAUGUUGUUCAGCUUAAUACUGGAGGAACAGGUUAAGAUUAGUCAGCCUCGUAUCCUUUACAACGAUCCUCAUGGCCGUCACUCAGAUGAUGAUGAAAGUGAUCAACUGAACGGACAGAUGAAUUUCAAUGCAGAUGCUGGGCAACAUAAAGAUGAAAAUAAAAAUAUUGCUGAUGAACUCCACCAGAAAGUAAAAAUUCUUUGCUGGGUAAUGACUGGUCCUCAGAAUCUGGAAAAGAAGGCCACACAUGUCAAAGCUACUUGGGCUCAGCAUUGCAACAAAAUGCUGUUUAUGAGUUCUGAGACAAACAAAGAUUUCCCAGCAGUAGGUUUAGAAACCAAAGAAGGCAGGGACCAGUUGUACUGGAAGACCAUUAAAGCUUUCCAGUAUGUCCACGACCACCAUCUUGGUGAAGCAGAUUGGUUCAUGAAAGCAGAUGACGACACGUAUGUUGCACUAGACAACCUGAGGUGGCUUCUUUCAAAGCAUAAUCCUGAAGAAGCAAUUUAUUUUGGAAGAAGGUUUAAGCCUUAUGUGAAACAGGGCUACAUGAGUGGAGGCGCUGGCUAUGUGCUGAGCAAAGAAGCCCUGCGGAGGUUUGUGGAUGCUUUUAAAACCAACAAAUGUUCUCAUAGCUCUUCCAUCGAAGAUUUGGCACUGGGCAAAUGCAUGGAAAACAUUGAUGUAAAAGCUGGAGAUUCCCGGGACACAAGUGGCAAAGAAACAUUUCAUCCCUUUGUGCCUGAACAUCAUUUAAUCAAAGGAUACCUACCUAAAACCUUUUGGUACUGGAAUUAUAACUACUACCCUCCAAUAGAGGGUCCAGGAUGCUGCUCUGACCUGGCAAUUUCUUUCCACUAUGUUGAUGCUGCCACUAUGUAUCAGUUGGAAUAUCUGAUUUAUCACCUCCGCCCCUAUGGUUAUCAAUUCAGGUAUAAUCCUGAUUUUUCUACCAGUCAAAACCCACAAAAUUUAAGUGACACAGCAAAAGAUGAAUCAAAAUCCAAAGUGAAAGUGGAAGAUCCUCCCAAGGCCUCUAAAUAAAAUGGUGGCUAGUGCACUGAAGAAGCCUUACUCAGCCAACUCAGCUAGCCCACAGAUGGCUAGAUGGAUUUUUUAAAAGUGUCCCUUCAAGUGGCUGCAGACUGCAAAUUCUUGCCUAAGAUGUCAGGAAGAUGUUUCACAUGCUGUGAAGCUGAAAGGCCUGUUGAUUGGAGUUUUUUCCUAGUGCGCUGUGACGCCUCUUUGGCUUAGCAUGGUGAUGGAUGCACACAGGCUUCCUGCUACAACAAAUGGCUGUUCUCCAGAUCCGCACAUGAUUAUGCAGUGUUGCAGAUCUUUGUAUCAAGAUGCAGUACUUUGUGGAGUCCAUUCUUAAAAACAUUGACUAUUUAGGCCCAUCAUGUAGCGAGAAACAUCUCGAACAGAUUCACACGUGAAAAUGUAUUUCUAGAAAAUCUGUUAAAUAAACUCUCUGCUAAAUGCUGCGGUUCAAAUUUUCUUCUGAAAAAUGUAAACGAUAUUAAAUCGAUUGAAUUUUAGCUUCAUCUGCAGUGAAAGUCAGAGUAGCAUUGGAACUCUGGCAGAAGGACAGGUGGCAACAUUACAGGCAUAUUCUCGGCUUAUGAUGAUAGAAAUGGGCGCUUUCUAGUGAACAAAUUACAAAUCUGUGCAAAAUAAAUUCCCCUCCUGCUACUUCUACAAAGCCAGUUACUGUUAACAGUUCUACAGGAAGUAGUAAGGCUUUGAUAGCCCGUUGUUAGUGCUAAUCAGUUGCUAUUGGCUCUCUAGAUUUACAUUUUCUAUCUGUUUUACUUUAUAGAACUCUAUUUUUCUUAUAGAACCAGGAUAGGUGAUAUUUAAAUUCAAGUGAGAGCUCUGGUUUUUGGCUCAUAUUUUGAGCAUUCUUUGUUUCCAUGUAGGGCUCCCUGGCUGUAGAAAUUUGGUUUAGCUUCAACAGUGGAUUUCUUUUGUGUGUGUGUGUGGAAUCCCUGUGUAUUAACUUCAAAACAUAUUUUGUGUAUUUGAUUUUUAUCUUGCGCUUGCCUGAGGCCAUUUGAAAGCAGACUCUUCCAGCAAGUGGAAGAACUCUGCUAAACUGUGAAUUGUAGUGCUUUGUAUUGUAGCUAUCCCUCAGGCUCCAUGUGCCCUACGUAAAAUUGAACUGGUUUUGUAUUAUCCCUGGUAUUCAGGUUUCUUGUUACAUGAUUGUCCAACUUAAAAGUGGUCAACUGAGGUUUAUUUCUUUAUUUCAUCAUAUUGAUGUUUGAAAGUAUGUACUCAACAGUGUUGGCUGGCCAGACAUCUUUGCCAAGUGUUCUAACUCAUUAUGGCAUGUCCUUUAACCCCAGCCACUUCUCUGAACUAAUAGUGGUGUCUUCCUUCAACACAAGAAAGACCCUUUGAGCCCCUCUCAUCAGAGGAAGGUUCCUUGUGUUUGAUGAAGGUACUGCCAUUAGAUGACCAGAGUAGUAGGAUCCAGCCCAAUCAAUUGCGUGUCCUACUGCUUCACUGAGCAAAGUUUGAAGCCUUCCUCUAGCUUUCUUCCAACUUCAAUCGUUCUUCCUCCAGUCUAAUACUGGAUACAUGCCCCUUUCUCACAAAAUUGUUGCUUCUCAAGUAUCCUGUCCCUCUGUCUUAUCCAACCAUGGGUAUUUUACUCCCACCCCCAGUUGUUGAACUUCUUGAAUGCAUAGUAUUUCCUCAUAGAGAAGCCAGAUUUACUUUGUUUUUUAAAUAAUGUACUGGCCGUUUUCUUGUUUGUUCUAUGAGUUUGACCUGUGGAAAAUUUCUAUAAACCACAAUUAUAAGUAACUCAGAAGUUUUUCCUUGGACUAGAAACAAUGUUUAUUAUUCUGUUCCAUCAGAUUUAACUUGAGGAUAAAGUGCAAAACAAGGUAUGCCAAAUUGUCACAUUGGCUUAGUGGCAGAUACAUGGUCGAGACAAGCAGGUAAGAUAUUGUACUCAAUAGUGGGUGAAUUUUAGGCUUAAAUGGAAUUUAAGAGGGUUAAUUGUUGACAAUAUCAGAACAUUCUCCAGGUUUUAUUACUACUGUCGUCUUAACGUUCAUUUUGACUCUUCUAGCAUUCCUCCAUCAUAUCUACCUCAAAAUAUUUUACAAGUAGCUUGUGAAAAUUGUCAGUGCUACAAUGAAUUUGUGUGGCAAAUAUAGGGGGAAAUAGUGACCGUUCUAAUGCUUUUAACCUUCAAGUGUGAAAACAGUACAUUACAAAUUUCCUUCCAAAUUGGGCUACUCUGUCAAUCAUUUGUAUUGGCAUAGCAAUUAUAGUGGUAUCUAGGGCAAGAUCCUGUUUUACAUCUCAGUAUCCAUUUUCUUUGCUGACUUUCAGUCUGAGGGCUUGGAAUCAAAUCAGCUUGUAGCACAAUGACAAAUUACCCUUCCUGGCUCUAGCCGAACAUUGCUGCAUUGUAUGCCAUUCCAGAGUGUACCCUGAUUUUGGAUGAGGGGAAAGGUGAGGCAGAGGGAAGCUCAGCGCAUGUUUGAUGAGGAAAGUCAUGGCUGCUUUGUACUGAAAACACAAGGAAUAAGUAGCUGACUACUUAUUUUCUGACCAGGUGUGCCUUUAAAGUCAAAGAGGCACACAAUACCUUCUGAGAGAGGAAUUAUUUUGUGGGAUUCAGAGAUUUCCUCUAAUAGUGUUGCACAAUAUGUAGCUGCCAAGUUACUAUUCUGGACAAUUUAUCUCUCACCUUGCCCCUGGAUUUUUCCCUUCUGGAGUUGUAUUGGUGAUAGUAGUGUUCAGUCUAACAUUUAAAAUUUUUAAUCCUUAAACACAUUAGGAUCCGAAGGUAUGAGAUUAUCUUUUGGUUGUUGUUUCCUAUGUCCAAAGCUCUCUUAGUUGUGUGUUGGUAACAGAUAUAAAAUUAUCUGAAAAUGCUUAAACUGAACUUUUAAGUUUGAGCUGUUUGAUUUAUUAAUUCUUUUGUAUAGUAUAUAAUGUGGUUGUCCUGCUUGAGUGAUCAAACACUCCAGUGCAUCUGAUUACCAUGGAAUUUAGGGGUGUUUUUUUUAAAAAAAAUAUUUUCUUUAAGAUUCCUCUUAAUUUGGGAGGGGGAUGUUUUUAUAUCAUCAGUUAAUUAAAGAAAUGUUCACUGUUCUGUUCAGAUUAUCUCCUUGUUGUAUCAGGCUUUCUUCUCUGAUUGUAUUUAAGCACAGUAAUGAAGUUCUAUUGUGAGAUAAUUUAAUAUGGUGUGAUCUAUAUGGUUUCAAUCUUGACUGCUAUGUAUAUUUAAAUACUACCAUAUACAACUGAGAGUAAGGCUUAUAUUUUGUCUUGUAUUAACAACAAAUGUUACAAACUUUCAUAUAUAAAACAACUUCAGUUUAAUGUAUAUUGUGUAUAACAUACAUGGCAAAUCUCUGUAGAAAUGCAUUUGAAAAGACUAAUUUUGACUGCUAAGCAGUUUGUUAGAACAAUGAAUGUUUGAAAAUUUGAGAAAAAGGAAAAUUGUUUCUUUCACAGUAAGUAGUGAUUGAAUCGCUUGUUCAGCAGAGCAAGAUAAAUGAGAACUUUUUUAAAAAUCUGAAGUGCCUUUUGCCAGUUUUUAUUAAUUUAAAUGAGAAGUGCACAAAUAAAAAUAAUUUAUCACAAUUAUAAAAUG